GGUGCCAGAACUACCUUGCCCGAAAGCCUGAGCGUGAUUCAUCGAACCUUUCGCCUCCUCCCCCGAACCCGAAAACUGGGGACAUGUGGGGUCGCUGUGUGUGGCGGCUCCUGCGUUCUGAAGGCAGCGGGGGUCGCCGGCUUUCAACCCGCCGCGGGCGUUUCUCGCCGGCCCUGCGGAGAGAUUUCUUAACCACCACAACCAAGGAAGGAUAUGAUAUGAGGCGAGUGGACAUAACUCCUUUAGAACAAAGGAAGUUAACUUUUGAUACCCAUGCAUUGGUUCAGGACUUGGAAACUCAUGGAUUUGACAAAGCACAAGCAAAAACUCUUGUGUCAUUAUUGACGACUUUAUCAAAUGUCAGCCUGGAUAGUAUCUAUAAGGAGAUGGUCACUCAAGCUCAACAGGAAAUAACAGUACAACAGCUAAUGGCUCAUUUGGACUCCAUCAGGAAAGACAUGGUCAUCCUAGAGAAAAGUGAAUUUGCAAAUCUGAGAGCAGAGAAUGAGAAAAUGAAAAUUGAAUUAGAACAAGUUAAGCAACAACUGAUAAAUGAAACCAGUCGAAUCAGAGCAGAUAAUAAACUGGACAUCAACCUAGAAAGGAGCAGAGUCACAGAUAUGUUUACAGAUCAAGAAAAGAAACUUAUGGAAGCAACCACAGAAUUUACCAAAAAGGAUACCAAAACCAACAGUAUUAUUUCAGAAACCAGUAAUAAAAUUGACACUGAAAUUGCUUCUUUAAAAACUCUGAUGGAGUCUAACAAGCUUGAGACAAUUCGUUAUCUGGCAGCCUCAGUGUUUACUUGCCUAGCGAUAGCGCUGGGAUUUUAUAGACUCUGGAAAAAGGAGUGACACGGCUAUGUUGUGCUCUUCCUGCUGCUGUUGACUCCUUAGAACGCCACGCCAGGAGAGAUUGACUUUGAACGUUGAAAGUUGCAGUAGAAACUUAAUACAAAAACAUUAUUCAAAGUACAUAUGGACUAAAAAGAAAUCUUUUAGAAUGGGAAGAUGUAUUUUGUCUUUGUUUUGUUUUGGAGGAAGAUCAGCCCGGAGCUAACAUCCGUUGCCAAUCCUCCUUUUUGCUGAGGAAGAUUGGCCCUGGGCUAACAUCUGUGCCCAACUUCCUCCACUUUAUAUGGGAUGCCGCCACAGCAUGGCUUGAUCCAAACCUGCGAACCCCAGGCCACUGAAGCUGAGUGCACGAACUUAACCACUUAACCACUACACGCAACCGGCAGGUUCUGUCUUUGUUUUCCAUAUGUGUCUUUAUUAUGUUGAAAAGCUCCAUUCCAAACCUAUUAAUUUGAGAUAGAAGAGCCUUUUGUCUUUACCCUUUUGAUAGUUCAUAGAAGCUGAACCAGAGUUUUCUUGUGUUUGCUUUAACAAUUACGUAAAUCAUAUAGGAUUUCUUUGGUAUCUGCAACAAAUUUGAAAACCAUUUCAAAGCCUACACACUUGUUACUGUAUUUAUCUUCCCAGAUAACUCCUGCACAAUUACCUUUUCAUAUAAAAUAAAAUAUUAUAAUAAAGUUGUCUGGAUUUUAAAUAAGUGA